AUGUGGGUGGCAUGGGCUGCGGGACAUGCGAGAGAGGAGGUCAGCAAGGGGCAUGUUGGGUUCGUGGGCGAGGGCGGUUGCAAGAUCUUUGUGGCAUACUCGCUUGAUGCGGGAGAUGAACGCAAAGUCGGGAAUGACGGUGGUGGGGAGGUGAUGGCGGAGGGAGCGGAUGUAUUGGACGAAGCGGUCUGUGGGACCGGUCUGGCGGAGGUGGAAGAAUUGUUCGAGGUAGUCGUCAAUGGCUUUCUGGGGGCGGAAGGUGGCGGCGAGAAGUUUGUCCCAUUGGAGGAAGGAGUGACGUGGUCCUCCAGAGGCUCGGGGGUUGCUGACUUCAACCAUCCACCAUUUGGCGGCAUUGCCGAGGAGGCGGGAGGUGGCAAUGGGGAGCCAGUGGGCAAGGGGCAUGUGGUGGAGGUGAAAAGAGCUGAGGUUAUCGAGGGUGGUGUCGUAGCAGGUGUGGUCGAUUUGGUUGUUGUCCUCAAGGAGGUAGUUGGGGGGGAGUUGUGGCAUUGCGUGGUAAACCCCCGAGGUGGCUUGGGAAUACGUGGGACGGAUGGUGGGGAUGGUGGAGGUGGUCAUGAUGGGUUGGGAGAGGGCGGUGUGCUGGAUGCGCCGGAUGAGGGAGGAGGUGGAGGGAACGGGACGGUGGUGGAGGUUGAAGGGUUGGUGGAUGUGGUGGUAGAGGUGGUAGGAGUGGAGGAGGUCGGCGGGGGGGUGUUGCUGGAGGCGGCUGUGGAGGAGGGAGUGGUUUGCGUUGUGGAGGAGGGAGUGGUUUGCGUGGUGGUGGCGACCGUGAUGGAGGGGAUGGUCCCUUCGAUCGUGGUGACGUGGUCGCAUAUGGACGACAUGUUGGCCUUUAUGUCGUCGAGAGAGGCGGUGACGGAGGUUCGGAGGGUGUUAAGUGCGUGGAGGAUGGCGGAGAGGUCGGGGGUGGCGGUGUUUGCUGGUGGUUGUUCGCCUGCGAGGUUGCGGGCGAUGCUAUCGACUGAGUCGGUGCGGAUGUCAGACAUGUUGAUGAAGGAUGCGGCCAUGUCAGGGGAAGAGGGGGUGGAGGACGUGGCCUGAACGGGUGUGGAGGAUGCCGCAGUAGCGAUGGCGGCGGCAACAGC